AUGUUGGGGAAACUCUUCAUUCUAGCCUUUUUCGGGUUGCUGAUGGCCUUUACUUUACAAGUUUUCCUCCAUAUGGGGGUAAACAAGCGUGUUUAUAAUCAUCGGCCAGGUCAUUGCGAGGAAGUUAAAGGAAUCAAACAUGGUUCCGAAGACAUUGUGCUCAUUGAAAGCUUGGGAAUUGCAUUCAUUUCAUCUGGUCUCUUUUACAUGUAUGAAAGAGAUAGUGAUGUUCGAGGAAAAAUUUUCUCUUACAAUUUCUCUGAGACAGAGAUCAAAGCAGAUGAAGUGCCGAUCAGAGGAUUUGCUAGAUUGGAGUCUUUCCGGCCCCAUGGACUCUCAUUCAUUGAGGCAGGCGGAGUAUUACGUUUAUUCGUCAUAAACCAUGAGUAUCCUUCCUUCACUCACAGUGUGGAAAUUUUCCGUUAUAAUAAACAGAGAAAAGAACUUAUAUUUGAGAAAACGGUCAAAGACGAAAAGUUUAUUAGGCCGAAUGAUUUGGUAGCCAUUUCUGCUGAUUCGUUCAUUUUAUCGAACGAUGGCUACUCGCAAACAUCGUUCGGAAACGUGUUCGAGGCUCUUUCUGGGGGUAGGUAUGGGAGCAUUGUUUAUUUUGACGGACAAAAUUCUCAUUACAUUCAAGAAAGCUCUGUCUCUCCCAAUGGGGUCAUUCUCGACAGAACACGAAAAUUCCUUUUGGUUUCUCACAUAAACAACAAACUAAUUGCUGUUUAUAAACUAGGAGAAGGUUUUAAAUCUUUAGAAUUGGUUCAAGAAGUACCGUUGGAUACACUAGCUGAUAAUAUGUUUAUCGACAAUACAGGCGCUGUCUGGCUGGGAGCUCAUCCAAUACCGAAAGAUGCAGCUGGACAUAUGGCCAGUAGUGAUGACCUUACACAAUAUGGGCCAUCCCAGAUACUACGAAUCGAUUUUUCGAAUGAUUGGAAGAAUUGGGAGAUUACAGAAAUAUAUUCAGAUGACGGACGUCAAUUAUCCGCCAGUAGCAUUGCAGUAUAUCACAAAGAUCAAAUCUUGAUGGGAUCAGUAUUCCGUCAGCUUGUUCAUUGCAAAAUUUCUGAUAAGAAAGUGCUGCGCGCGCGUAAUUGA